AGAGCUAGCGCGGGCGCCGGUCAGGCGGUGAUUACGAGGGCGGUGGAAGCCAACGUAUGCAGUAUGACGCGUGUGUUCUACUACCACUUCUUCUGAUUGUUAUUUGCUCUCACAUUAAAAAGGAACAUUUCCGGUGACAACUGAAGCUUGCAUCGCGCAUUUGCAGACGCGUAACGUUGCAGAAGAUUCGAACAUUCGGAAGCCGUUGGCGCGAAACUCGUAUCUCGGAACGCUCGUAACAUUCCUCGUGCGUACGCUACAAAUUAGGUGCUAUUUGACCUUGCGUGAUAGCAGCUCGUAAACAGGAAUCGCAAUGUGAGACCUCUGCAAGCUUCAGCCAGCACGAAGUUCGUCAUGUCUUCUCGUAAUGAUGCUCGCCGGAAGCUCCUUGCUGCAAGUAAAAAGAAGACGGAUGGCCAGCGUCUGUUCAGCAGACCACUCGAGAACCAAAAGUUCUAUUUCCAUUUCAAGAACCGCCGACCACAUUCGCAGCUCACACAAGACCUUACGAGCUUGGGCGCUAGGGUGGAGCCAUUCUUUGGGAAAGACGUUUCGUGCGUUAUUACUGAUCAACAAGAUCUCGGGUCUGCGUCAACACCACCGAAACCGAAUUCGGUGGAUUCCAGUGGCCCAUUCACGAGCCCCUCUGUCUCGACCGGACCCUCAGCAUCAACAGAGGGAUCAGGCAAUCGAAAGAGCAGUCUUCGCACUGGGCGAGGACAAGUUCUCGUCCGAAAGGCGAUACAAAAUGUGUCUGGCUCUACAGAUGUUCUGGAGUUGUGUCGACAGUGGCAGAUACAGGUCUGUUACAUUAAGAGUUUCCUCCCGUGGGUGCAGAAGCUCAAGGACAAAGCUCUGCUGGAAAAUGCAAAACACUGGAAAGAGAAUGCAAUAGCAAAGCAAGUAUACGAACCUCCCGAAAAGCUUGUGCCUCCAUUUAUCAAAGUAGAAGACAUGCGAAGAGUGUUCAGGCCAAUGCAUGUGAGCCUUAAAGAGUGGCCAGAUGUCGCAGCAGAGCGUUGCCAGGAAAUUGCGACCGAGCCAAAGGAGCCUGUUCCCAAAAAACGUGCUCCCUUGCCGAAAGAAUCUGCCGCUUCGGCCAAGGAACCCGUUGAAGCCAUUAACGACAGUCAUCUGAAAGGUGUUCCACUCAGGCCAGGCACGUCAAAAGAAACAUCCCAUGUCAAGGUGACUGAGCAGAAGAAGCUAAAUUGUGAAAUCUGUGGGAUUUCUUUCAUCUGCCUGGAGAAACACUUGGAAUCGGAGAAGCACGAGAACUUUAUGAGGAAUCCGAACAACUUCAGUGUCGUCAGUGACAUGAUUUCUAUGCUGCCCUGCAAUUUGCCUAGUCGGGUGGCCCAUCCUUUGUCGGAGAUAAACGGUCAGGACUGGCUGACAGAGGCCCCGUCAAUCUCGGAUGACGAAGAAAACAUACUUGGUCUCCCUACAGAUCAGCCCUGGGCAUCUCCUCCUCAGACGCUAUCUAUCAAGACUGGCCAUCACAGUGUAGUCACGCAGUCUGGAUUUUCUGGUACAAUCUCUGCUCUCAGGCAUCUCAAAGUUGUGCGCAAGGAAUCUAGCUCUACCAUUGAAAAUUUGGAAAACAUAAAUGUGGCCAAUAGCCCACACCCACAGAAAUGGACCGCAACUUCUUCCAACAUUGAGACGCGAGCCGUUGUGAAGAAAGACAGCCGUUCUCUUUUACGUUGCAAUGUCGUGGACUACAAGGAAAAUACAGGUGUCCCAUUAACGGCCGGUGGCUCACGUCUACGGAAAAGAGCGGCAACUUUCUCCGAGUUCGAGGCACAGGCUGUUGCGAAGAAAGAUGCCAGUGUAAUUUUGUGUUGCAGUGACAUGGACGGUUUGAAAGAUAAAUGUGUUCCUCCCAGCUUCUCGUCCGAGCUCAACGGAACGGUUAAGAACCUCUUGGUUGACCUCAAUCUUGAGGAUGGUCAUUCGGCAUCCACACCAGCUGAGAAUGCUGGAAACUUUGUUUGUGACAUGAGUGAAGUUUUUGACAAAGCGUCGGAGGAGUUGUUCAGCGACGCAUCCACGGCAGACUAUUCGUGGACCUAUGUGGUGAGUGGCGUUGUUCCCGAGCGGACUGCAUCAAAAACACAGUGUGACGAAGCUUCAGAUCUUGACAGUAACGACAGUUUCUUGGAGUUUGUGUCUCGCGCCAAUGUUGUAGAACAGCCGAAAGGUAGCCAUGCUGCAGAAAAUAAAAUGGACAAAUUGUGUGGCGCAGGUGAUGCUGAGCGGAGUUCGGGCAAUGUACGUACUGUUCAAGUAGAACCUUUUGGGAUGCGUUUGUAAUGCUUGGGGUGCUAUGUGAUGUGCAAGUAUGUAAUUUAAAAUUGGUUGGGUGAUAUCAGGCCAUAAAUAGAACUUGCACAGAUGUGGUGGGCUGAUGUAAUGAAUUCCUUGUUACCUUUUGAACCUGUGAAGUGUGCACUUGUAGAGCUCCAAAAGAGCAACAUUUAUUUACUCAAGACAGAUUGUAACUUAUUUCUUCCUUUCAUAAGGCAUGAAACCAUCUCUGUACAUAUAUUCACUGACAAUAAAGCAAUGUUUCAUGGCACAUUUAGUAUGGGCCUUGGCA